GCUGCUUACACCCCUCUUUCCCCAUUGGAAACGGGCCGGUCACGUGUGCGGAAGGAGCGCCUGGCGGGCCGCGCGUGCGCCGUUAACGGUAGCAGAGGUUUGAAAACGCCGCCCUCGUUUCUGCGGUUCUCCCCGCUGUCUCGCCAUGGCCGGCGGCAUCACGGAUACGGGAGAGCUCUACUCUCCGUAUGUUGGUCUGGUUUACAUGUUCAACCUCAUUGUUGGGACAGGAGCCCUAACCAUGCCAAAGGCGUUUGCAACAGCAGGGUGGCUCGUCAGCCUCGUUCUCCUGAUGUUCCUGGGCUUUAUGAGCUAUAUGACUACUACUUUUGUGGUGGAAGCCAUGGCUGCUGCAAACGCCCAGCUGCGAUGGAAGAGAAUGGAAAAACGCAAGGAGGAUGAUGAGGAUGAGGAUUCUUCUUCUGGAGUGUCUGACAGUGAUGUUCUCCUCCGAGACAGCUAUGAGCGAGCAGAGACACGGCCCAUCCUGUCAGUUCAGAGACGUGGAUCACCAAAUAUCUUUGAAAUCACAGAAAGAGUGGAGAUGGGCCAGAUGGCUUCCAUGUUCUUCAAUAAAGUGGGUGUCAACCUUUUCUAUUUCUGCAUAAUUAUCUACCUCUAUGGGGACCUGGCAAUCUAUGCAGCGGCUGUACCAGUCUCUCUCAUGCAGGUGACCUGCAGUGCCAUUGGCAACCAUUCUUGCAAUGUUGGAGAUGGCACAAAGUAUAAUGAUACAGACAAGUGCUGGGGGCCAAUUCGAAGGAUUGAUGCUUACAGGCUGUAUCUGGCAGCAUUCACUCUUCUCUUGGGUCCUUUUACCUUCUUCAAUGUGCAGAAGACCAAGUAUCUUCAGAUCGUGACGUCUCUGAUGAGAUGGAUAGCUUUCAUCCUCAUGAUAAUUCUGGCCCUCAUCCGCAUCAGCAGAGGCCAAGCAGAAGGUCACCCGUCCAUGGCCCAGCUGUCGGGCAUCCGCAAUCUCUUUGGGGUGUGCGUCUACUCCUUCAUGUGCCAGCACUCCCUGCCAUCCCUCAUCACACCCAUCUCAAAGAAGAGGCACGUCAACAAGCUCGUGCUGCUCGAUUACAUCCUGAUCCUGGCUUUCUACAGCCUCCUGUCCUUCACUGCCAUUUACUGCUUUCGCAAUGACACCCUCAUGGACAUGUACACGCUGAACUUCACCGACUGUGAGAUCAUCAACGUUGCCUUCAUUCGCUACUUCUUGGGCCUCUUCCCAGUCUUCACCAUCAGCACCAACUUCCCCAUCAUCGCAGUGACCCUGCGCAACAACUGGAAGACCCUUUUCCACAGAGAAGGGGGGACCUACCCCUGGCUGGUGGAUAGAAUUGUCUUUCCUGCCAUCACGCUGGUCCCCCCGGUGCUGGUGGCUUUCUGCACCCACGAUCUGGAGUCCUUGGUGGGGAUCACGGGAGCCUAUGCUGGGAAUGGGAUCCAGUACCUCAUCCCAGCUUUCCUGGCGUACUGCAGUCGGAAGGACACCCAGCUGGUCUUCGGCAGCGGGGCGGUGAACAAACACCUCUCCCCUUUCCGGCACACCUUCUGGAUAGUGUUCGUACUCAUAUGGGGCUUUUCUUGCUUUGUGUUUGUGACUGCAAACAUUGUCCUGAGUGAGUCUAAAUUCUGACGUGGGGGUAAGUGUUGUGCUCACUCUGUGGCUCCGCGGACUUCCACCCUCACCAGGACUUUGGGGGGAAAGAGGCGGUGAAGGGAAGCCUCCGGGCCGUCGGCGUGGUGGUGCAGGUUGGACCUGGACACAGACUUCCUUCACUCCAGAUUGAGUGCGGAUGGAGUGGGCUCAGCCUCGUCAUCCUGGUUCUCAGACCCACUAUCCAGGCAGCCUGCAUGCCAAGCCAGUGUCCAGCCAUUUCUGCCUUCAGCUCUGUUUGAGCAUCACUCUGUUCUUACACUGACUCUCUUCUGAUGCUGCAGGUUUCAGUGUGAGGAGAGCAGACAGCCUUGGCUGCUCACUACAGUAAUCAGCUUCAUGUUCUUUCUCCCCUGGGCAGGGACUCGCUGUGUGCGGUCCUGCAGGAGUUUGGGGGCUUUGAGUCUCUUCUGUCUGCUGAGACCCCUGUCAGCCAACCUCCUGUGCCAAUUUAGGGAGGAAAGGAGAGUUUGGGGUGGGAAUAGCCCUGGCUCCAAAGGCUCUGUGCUCUGUUACACUUGUGUUUUUAUUUUUUUCCAGAGACUUUAACCUGUUUGUGCUCUGGGGAAGGAUUGCCUGCUUAUCAGAGCUGGAUUUCUCCAGGCCAAGAGUUCACUUUCACACUUCUCAUCCUGUUCUCCUUUGCUCUGGCAGCCCCAACCCCACGGAGGAGUGCAGGGAUAUUUCUCUUCCUUCUGGGAAGGAGAGUGCAGCCUUGCUUCCCUUGCCUCCUGCAUGCUGCUCUCAGUGACUCCAGCUGUCAGAGCCCUUUCCAUUUCAUACACUACAGGCCAGACCCCAGCUGCAGUGGUCAGGGUUUGUGUGGGCCGGGAAGGUGCUAAUUACCCAGUCCUGACACGUGUUAGGCCUGCAAGAGCUCUGGCUGUGCAGGCUGAUGCAUUUCCAGCCUCCUGUGCUGGGUAAUUAGCCUUGAAACAAGGUGGGUGUUAACUCAAGGGACUGGGCUGAUGCCAACAGGGAGAGGCCGUGCCAUGGCUCAGCUGUGCGAGCCUCUGUGCAGGAGCUGAGCUCCCAGCAUUACAGGGGACAGAACACUGGAACUGGUCCUGAAUCUCCCAGCUCUUCAGCACUGGGAGGUGGCAUUCUGCUGGUCCUGCUCGGCUUAUCUGAGCUGCUGACCCCCUGGGCAUUUCUCUAUGUGCUUUGGGCUGCCUGCUGCAUUAGCCAGCCUGUGCUGCAGAUAACAGUUGCUGCUUCUGAGGCUCCGGUUGGUCACCAACACAACACAGUGACAAACGGUGCUCGUUCCACUAUUCUGAGCCCUCAGGCAAAGAUUGUAUGGGUUUUUUUAACAAAAGCAAGAACUUCAAAAAUUUUCUCCUGAAAUAUUUUAAACACUUUCUCCCCCUGCCCUCAUUAGACAGGUUCAAAGCCAGGUGUGUGUCACUUCUGUUACAUCCUCUUGCCCUCUGCACUUGCUGCAGUAUUAAGUGUUACUGAUAGUUAAAGCAAGCUUUGAACUGCAGCUCUUUUUAAUCAAGCUCCGUUUUCAAGUAGGACUUUCUAGUUUCCAUAUGACCUGAAGUGCUCCUCCUGGGGGACUGUGCAAGUACCUGGAGCUGAAUAAAAACACUUGAUGGUUUCUAAAGCAAAGCCCUCCACUCUCCAGCCUGAGCACUGUGCCUGUGUCCUUGCCAGGCUGCAGGGGAGGAUGUGAGGGGUCUGUUUCCUUCAGCUCCAUCCUGAGCAGGCACUGGCAGCCCUUGCUAGUGAAUUUAAACAUCCCCUAGUGUUCCAGGGAAGCUGAUGUGGCAUCUUUGGUGCCAGAUGAGCAAGAUGCUUUGCAGGUGGCUGGUGUCUCAUUUAGGAAGAGUGGCAGUAGCUGGGCAGCUUGGAGAGUAAAUUCAGUGGGCAUUUGAGCUGGGGGUGUUCUGUGAGGUUGGGGCAGACAGCUGCUCCUUCCCCUGCCUGCAUGGUGUGGGGAUGGCAGGUGCUGUGCUGGGGCAUGCUGGGCCGUCCUGUCCUCUUGCAGCAGCUGUGAGCCAGGCAGAGCCAAAGGAGGAAUUUGAUGCUAAUGAAAGCAGCCUUCAGAAGGCUGGAAGGGCUGCAGGGGCUGCUCUUCUACACGAGUGCACAGGUGUGGCUUUAUGGAGGAGGCCCCUGUAUUUCCUACUGCACUGCCUGCCCUUGGCUGUCGCCUCCCCUUGUGCAAGGCAUUCAGCUCAGCCUCAUCCCUUCAAGCUCUGAUUUGAAUUUCUUGCCUCCACACUUCAUUGCCCGCCAGAGGACGUUACUGACCGAUGUUACUUUGCCCCCACACAUCCUCCCUUCCUCGCUCAGGACUGCCCUCCAACUGGCCGUGGGUUGAGGCUGCCCAGCCCCCCCACACACAGCAUCCUCAUGCAUUUCCCCUCCUGCCCCCUGGGCACCACAGCCUGUGCCAAAGCACAGCUGCUCCUGGGCCCCACCACGAGCCCCACCUCUUCCAUUGACUGGGCCGUCUCCAUUGCUGGUCUAGCUCUGAAGCUGCACCUUCUCUUGCCUGGCCAUGGUGAGCAGCUCUCCCUGGGCACACUGUGGGCUGGAGCUGCUGGGCCUGGCAGUGGGCCGUGCUGUGGCACCCCGGACAAUCAGAAAAGCUGUAGUCCCAGAGGAAUGUAGGAACUUCUAGAAAUAAAUGACCCCGAAUUUCCAAACACCUGCUGUCCUUGGGCAGCAACAAAGCAAACCUGUCCCAAGAAUUGGAGUGAUGAAGGGAAGGGAACUCUGUGAUGGUGAGAGUGUUUUUCACACAAAGCCUUAAAACUGAUGGGAGGGAGUGGGAAGGGGUGCUGAUUAGAGUGGGGUGCUGCUGGGUGUCAGCCCCCUCCUCACUGAGCAGAUCCAUCAUUGUUGGGCUGUCACACAGACAUUUCAUUAGCACAGGUUCUCACAUGGUGCUUGGCCUGAAUGCAGCCAGUAUUCAAUAAAAAGGGAUUCAAACAA